GCACGGGAACCGUCGUGCCCAAGCUGGAAGCAUGAUGGACGGUCUCUGGAAGCUUGCUGGUCUCGCCACGUCAACGCCAAAGCAAUCGCAUGCGCCAUCCAUGAACGUUGACGGUCUGUGGGCGACGAUCGACGGCGACAGCGCGGCUCCAUCGCCUCGAAGUGGCCACGCGUCAGUAGUCGCCAAUAGCAUCAUGUACGUUCUUGGUGGCUACGAUCAGGGCCAGUGCUUUGGCGACAUUUACGCCUACGACCUCAUGCGGCGCGAAUGGAGCAAGGUCGACUGGGGCGGCGCCGCCAACUUCGCGGUUGGCUGCGCAUCUCAUGCGACGUGUGUCUCCGCCGACGAGACAUCCAUCUACGUCUACGGCGGGUCGGGCCCGCGCUGGGGCGCCGCCAACCGAGACAAGCUCCUCCAGUUUACGCUCGCAACGCAGCAGUGGAGCGUCGUCUCGACGGCCGGGACACCUCCGCCGCCGGGCUAUGGCCAGAGCAUGGUGGCGAUUGGCUCCAAGCUUUACCUCUUUGGUGGCACGUCCGGACACGACUACUAUAACGACCUCUAUGUCUUUGACGCGACCACGUUCAUGUGGAGCCGUGCCGCAGUGACAGGACCCAAGCCAUCAGCCCGCUACAAGCACGAGGCCGUCGUCGUCGGACAUGAUAUGUACGUCGUUGGCGGCGGGCUCUAUGGACCACCAAAAGGACCCAUCGACGUCUUCAAGUUUGACACGCUCACGGCGCAGUGGGCCAAGAUCGCGUGCGUCGGCGACGUGCCACCCGCGCGUUUAGCCCACAGCGUCGUCCUCCACAUCGACUCGCUGGGGCAGCCCGCGCUGCUCCUGUUUGGUGGCCGUGAUUUCACCGAGAAGCGAACAAGCGGUCUCUGGUCGCUCCAUUUGCCCACGUCGACGUGGACAAAGAUGUCGGAGGCCCCCGACGCGCUUGUCUUCCACACUGCCGUCAUGUGGCAGCAACGCAUGAUCGUCUUUGGGGGCUCGAGAGACGCGCCAGGUCAGAGCCCCGACGAGACCGAGCGCAGCAACGCGCUGGUCGAGUACGGCGUAGUGGACGACAACCACUGGGUCUUGGUGGCCUCGGAAGGAGACGACGCGUAGCCCUUUAGCUGUGGAAGCAACAGAUCCAACCGAAUCGAUAUCUUUGCAUUUCGAUUGUAUCAACAAGACCACGAAUUAUCAAGUUGCACA